AUGUGUUUGGUCCCGUUUUGCUUGGGCCCCCAACUCACUAAACAGGCCGACAGGGUGUGUGCACUUUUGCCUACUCGAGCGAGAGAGAACGGGGGUGGUGCCAAAGAGCUUGUGGGAGGCGGAAAGAGCAUCGGGUCGCGUCGCCCUUCGCUCGGAGGCUAUCUGGAGUUCCAAACAAAAGAGCGCCUCCUCCACGCUGACCUCCGCCAAGAGACGCGCAACGCUCUCCGGCCAGCGGUCAUGGCCACGACGCUGGAGGGCUGCCGCUGUCGGGGAGCCAGCCUCCGCAAUACCAACAACAGCGGCAGCAGUGGCGGCGGCACUAGCAUCCUUUACAACAUUCUUAAGAGUGACAGAGCAGAGCAACAACAAAACGAAACGCUCCAUAACUUACUCUACAGCCACAGAAGCAGCUCCACUUCCUCCACCGUAGCCUCCGGGCCGGCGUGGCGACAUCAGGAGCCGCGGCAACAGUCGCUGCAGGCGGCGUGUUCCUGCGGGGCGACGCGGCGCCGCGGGGUCCUGCGCUCCCCUCAGGUGACGUGCAAAGCCGCAUCCGCCAUCCUCGUCAAGACGCUACGUUUCGUCAAGAAUGUGCCGUGCUUCAGGGAGCUGCCCGAGGACGAGCAGGUGGUCCUGAUCCGGAGCGGCUGGGCGCCCCUCUUGGUGCUCGGAUUGGCGCAAGACCGCGUGGACUUUGAGACCACGGAGACGGUGGAGCCGAGCAUGCUGCAGCGGAUCCUCACCGGGUCGCCCCAGAGCCAGAGCGAGGCAGCGGCGGCGGCGGCGGCGGCAGCGGUGCUCAGUCCGAGUCAUGGCGGAGGAGCCGGCGUGGCCUUGGCCGACAUCGAAGCUAUUAAAGGCUUCUUGAAGAAGUGCUGGAGUGUGGACAUCAGCACCAAGGAGUACGCAUACCUAAAGGGAGCAGUGCUCUUCAACCCGGAUCUGGAGGGUCUUCGCUGCUUGCCAUACAUCCAGUCGCUGCGCCGUGAGGCCCACCAAGCCCUCAACGAGCACGUCCGGCUGAUCCACCGCGAGGACGGCACGCGCUUCGCCAAGCUGCUCAUCGCCCUGUCCAUGCUUCGGUCCAUCAGCCCGUCGGUGGUGGCCCAGCUCUUCUUUAAGCCAAUCAUUGGAAGCGUGAACAUCGAGGAAGUACUCAUGGAGAUGUUCUACGGGAAGUAA